AUGUCACUUUUAUUAAAGUCUUUUCGUAUCAAUAAUAAUCAAAUUAUAUCAUUUUCUUCUUCCACUAAUAGAUUUGAAUCAAUAAAAUUUAAUAGGUCAAUGAAAAGAAACGCAAGUUCUUGGACAACAUGUAAUAAAAAGCAUUUAAUUCCUACUUCUGGAACAUAUCCCAAAGGAUUUAAAGCAACAGGUUUACAUUGUGGCAUUAAAAAAAAUGCUGCUCCUGUUCUAUUAUCAAGAGAAAUCAUUGAUAAGAAAUCAGCUACAAAUGGUGUCAUUGUUGCCACUGAGAAAAAAACAGCAUCACCAUUGAUAGUUGCAAAUGUUUGUCCAAAUAUUGGUAUUGUUUAUUCUGGAAUGGGACCAGACUUUAGAGUGUUAUUGUCAAAGGCAAGAAAGGCAGCUCAAAAAUAUAAAAGAAUAUAUAACAAGUAUCCACCAACAGGAAUUUUAGUUAAAGAAGUUGCUAGUGUAAUGCAAGAAUUUACUCAAAGUGGUUCAUACUUCAAUUUAACAUUAAAAGAGGGAUUUGAAGGGCAAAUGACUGAAAAUUCAAUUGAAAUUGGAAUUAUUGGUGGUGAUGCAACAGGAUUUAUGGAAGACAAAGAACAACCAUUAUUUAGAAAAUUGUCUCCUUCAGAAGUUAAAGAUUAUUUGGCUAAUAUAGCUUAA